AUGACGACGCGCGUCUCUUCGUUUUCUUCUUCUUCCUCCUCGUCUUCGUCCUCCCCCGCCGCAGAGGAAAGCCUGGCGCCUUCGAUGGGCAUCGCGCGGGCGAUGGGAGGCCCUCAGGGGAUCGUGGAGCUGGAGGCCGGCUGGACGAUGCUGCGCGACUGCGCGAUUCGGCGCCUCGAGCAUUUCCUGCAAACUGGAGAGGCCCUCGGCCGGAGAAAAGAUGGAAAACUCUGCAUAUUCACGCGCAAGGAGUACUCCGACAUGUACACGACGGUGUACAACAUGUGCACGCAGCGCUACCCAAACAACUGGUCCGCACAGCUCUAUGAGCGCUAUGGCGAGGCGCUGGCGUCCUACGUGAACCGAGAGGUCGUUCCGCGUCUGGAGGGCUUAACAGAGGAGGAGCUUUUGCGCGAGCUGCUGCUGCGAUGGAAAAACCACAAGAUUUACGUCAGCUGGCUCGAGCGCUUUUUCGUCUACUUGGACCGGUACUAUGUGAAGCUCCAGUCAGAGGAGCCUCUGCAUCACAAAGGCAUCCUCAUCUUCAAAGAGCUGGUCUUCAAUCGUGUCCGCGUGCCCCUGCGAGAAGCGAUUCUCCGCGCGAUCCAGAGACAGCGAGAAGGGAUGCGGACGGAUGAGGAGCUGCUUGGGGAGAUAGUGUAUAUUUACAUUGGGCUCGAGGCGAACGGCCUCUCGCUCUAUCAGCGCGAGCUGGAGGACUACCUGCUGCCCGAGUCCGCGGACUACUACACCCGCCUCUCCGCGACGUGGAUACAAAACAUGUCUUUCACGGAGUACAUGUACCGCGCACAGGAGGCGCUCCUCGCGGAGCAGCGGCGAUGCGGCACGGUGCUGCAUCGGUCGACGAAGCUGAAGCUCCAAGCGGUUGUCUUCGACGCGCUGUUGUCCGCGCGGCAGAGUCUUCUUCUUGAGAAGGAGACGGCGAUUGCGUACCUCCUCGCUCACGACAAGCGCGACGAGCUGCGACAGGCGCACCGACUCUUCAGCUACGUCGAAGGCGGCGUGGAGGCCAUCGCCCUCACGUUCAAGAAAUUCGUCUCGGACCAGGGAAACAAGAUCGUGGAUCAGCGCCUGCUGCAGUUGGAGGCGACGGCGUCAGCGUCGACGUCGGUCGCGGAGGCGCAGCAGGCGGAUGCGGCGUUUGUGCAGAUCCUGUUGGAUCUCCACGAAAAGUUCAAGCGGAUUCUCGAGGAGUGCUUUCUGCUUUCCUCGCCAGCGUCCUCCUCGCGGUCGCUCCUCUGCGGCUCGAACACGCAGCAGAGACUCUUCCGGCCGUACGAAGAUCCCUCCUGGAUGGCGGCGGGACCAGGGCGCACCGAGACCGACGUGGUCAGCCUCGGCACUCCCGAUCCUCUAUUUCAGAAAUCGCUCAAGGAAGCUUUUGAACACUUUGUGAAUCGCGACAUGGGCCGCCAGAACUUCGCGCAGCUUCUUUCCUUCUUCUGCGAUCGCCUCCUUAAGAAGACAGGCGAGAAGAGGACGGAAGACCAGAUCGAGCGGAUGCUUGUUCGUGUCGUCGAGAUGUUCAACUACGUCACAGAAAAAGACGUCUUCGCGGAGUGCUACAGGUCGCAGCUGGCGCGGCGACUGCUGCAUGAGACGUCGGCGAGCGAGGACCUCGAGAAGAGCGUCAUCAGCAAGUUGAAGCUCAAGUGCGGCGCGCACUUCACGUCCAAGCUCGAGGGCAUGCUCCACGACCUAGGCGCGGCUGCGGACACAUACCGCAAAUUCAUCGCCUGGGUGCUGGAGCAGUCGGCUGCGGCGGCCGCCUCGGCCGCCUCGUCCCCCUCCACGGCCGGCGCGCAGGGCGCGGAGAAGACAGAGGCCCGUGCGCGCGCCGUCCUUCAGAACGUGUCGGUCCUGGGCGCAGCAGCCCCCCCGCGGCAGGCUGGCACCCCCGGCGCCGCCUUCGCGCUGGUCGACGGCGUCGAGUUCUCCGCCCAGGUGCUCACGACCGGCUACUGGCCGACUUACCCGACGACGACAGUCAAGCUUCCGCCGGUCAUGAAGCACUGCCAGGCUCUCUUCGAAGAGUUCUACGCGAGUCAAACGCAGCACCGGCGCGUCACGUGGAUCCCUUCUCUAGGAACGGUCGUGGUCAGUGCGCAGUUUCAGAAGCGGCACGACCUCAUCUGCAACACCUACCAAGCCUGCGUGCUUCUUCUCUUCAACGCGGACUCGCCCUACAGACCUGGUGCGGUGGCGGCCUCCUCUUCGCCGUCUGUGGAGGCGAGCGGCGUGGAGGGUCACGCGGAGGCGCGGGAGGAUCCUAAGCUGACGGUGGCGAUGAUGACGGAGGCCCUUGCGCUCGACGAAACGAUGCUUAAGAAGAUGCUGGCAAGCUUCUUCCUAGGCCGAUUCAAAAUCAUCCGAAAGCUGAGCCAAGACGAGUACCAGGUCAACGCCGGCUUUACCUGCUUGAACCGAAAGAUCAAGAUCCCGACUCCAAUUCAGGAAGAAGUUCAAUCUCGAGAGCGCGUCGAGGAAGAUCGGUCGAUUGCCAUCGAGGCCGCCAUCGUGCGCAUCAUGAAGGCGAGGAAGGUUCUUCAGCACCAGCAGCUGCUCGCUGAGGUUCUGAGUCAGCUGAGCUUUUUCAAGCCGAAUCCAAAGUUGAUUAAGAAGCGCCUUGAGCACUUGAUCGAGCGCGAGUUCCUGGAGCGCGACAGAGAAAACUCAAACCUCUAUCGCUACGUCGCCUAA